UUAUACGAAAAUGGCGUUGUGUUGUGCCCUUUCAAACGAGGUGCCGGAACACCCGGUGGUGUCCCCUUCCUCGGGUGCGAUUUUCGAGAAACGCAUCAUCGAAAAAUACAUCCAAGAGCAUGGCAAGGACCCCAUCAGCGGUGAAGAACUCACCGUGGACAAACUAAUUGAAAUAAAAACCCCCCCGAUAGUAAAACCGAAGCCGCCUAGCGCCACUAGUAUCCCAGCCACGUUGAAACUGUUGCAAGACGAAUGGGACGCUGUUAUGCUCUACAGUUUCACACAACGACAACAACUGCAGACAGCGCGCCAAGAGUUGAGCCACGCUUUGUACCAACACGACGCCGCCUGUCGCGUCAUUGCGCGACUCAACAAGGAGGUGACGGCCGCCAGGGAAGCGCUGGCCACCUUGAAGCCCCAAGCGGGCAUCAUAACAGUGCCCCAGCCGGCCGUGGCCGCCGAAGCGGGCGGAGUCGCCAACCAACCGACCGAACAAGGCGGAAUGACGGAUGAAGUGAUUGAGAAGCUCCAAGACAAGGCCACUGUGUUGACCCAGGAGAGGAAGAAGAGGAGCAAGACGGUGCCUGAGGAGGUGUCCACGCCUGAACAGUUGAGGGGGUUCAAGACUUUGGCCUCGCAUCCGGGGUUGCAUUCGGCGAGUGUCCCCGGGAUUUUGGCCCUUGACGUACACAAUUCUGACACGAGUAAAAUCCUCACUGGUGGUAAUGAUCGCAACGCAACUGUGUUUAACAAAGACACGGAACAAGUUGUGGCGAUUCUUAAAGGGCACACUAAGAAGGUCACUAAAGUGGUUUACCACCCCGAUGAAGACCUUGUUAUUACCGCGUCACCUGACUCUACAAUUCGCGUGUGGAACGUGCCAACAUCGCAAACUACUUUAUUGUUACGUGUCCAUGAGGGGCCUAUUACCGGGCUGUCUUUGCAUCCGACUGGAGACUAUGUCUUGUCGGCUUCGGAGGACCAACAUUGGGCGUUCUCUGAUAUCAGAACAGGGGAGUUGUUGACGAAAGUCUCCGAUCAGACUAAUAUUCCACUCACGACGGCUCAGUUGCAUCCCGACGGGCUCAUUUUCGGUACGGGAACGGCGAAUUCCCAGGUGAAGAUUUGGGAUUUGAAGGAACAACUCAAUGUUGCGACUUGCACGGGACACACGGGGGCUAUCACUGCCAUCUCGUUCUCAGAGAACGGGUAUUAUAUGGCCACUGCUGAUGAUGCUUGUGUCAAGUUGUGGGAUUUGAGGAAAGUGAGGAAUUUUAAAACAUUGCAGUUGGAUGAGGAUUACCAGAUUAAGGAUCUGUGUUUUGACCAGAGUGGCACGUAUUUGGCUGUGGCUGGGACUGACGUCAGAGUUUAUUUCUGUAAGCAAUGGCAGGAAUUGAAAGUGUUUAAUGACCAUACGGCUGCAGCGACUGGUGUUAGAUUUGGUAAAGAUGCCAGGUUUAUAGCGUCUACUUCCAUGGACAGGACUUUAAAAUUGUACGGUUUAGAUUAGGGAUAAGUUUAUUGCAAGCUGAACACAAUAGUUUUAUCGUCUUGCAUUUUUGCGUAAUUAGGGAAUGUACGAUUAAUAACUUUAUGUUAAUGUUUAUUUUAAUUUUACAAAUAAAGUGAUUAAAUCUCAA